AUGGAUGACAAAACAUUCACCUCGAUCCGGCAACCUUCUACUACCUUCGAUUUUAGACACUCACCAAUUACUAAAAAACCAUUCAUCAAUUCAACCACCUCUACUUCUACACACUCACCUCAAUCCAUCAAACCAAUUCGUACGGCAUCUUCUCGCCCCAUGAGUAUGGAACGUAAGAAUAAGCUUGAUAUCGCCAGUACGCUUAUGUCACCUCCAGAGCCACUUCCUCUCGAUAACUUUAUACAUUCGUGCAUGCCAUUCACAAUGGAUUCAAAGAUGCGAAAAUUACAUUCAAUCGUCGGUGCGACGUUUCCCAUAUCGCCACCUGUGUCUCCAGAGACCAAGGCUCGGUCACCAGAAGAGCCCGCUGGUUCACAAGCAAUUACCGAUCCAAUUCUAUACCCACUUUCCGACAAUCAAAGCACAUCUGCCACUCAACCAUCCCUCUUCGCAGACAAUGACGACCCUCUCGUUACACACCGUGUAGUCGAUGGGCAUGUUGCAGCCAGGAAAGCUAGCAUGUUCCGAGAAGCCUCCCCUCCACGCCGCGAUGAGUACGAGCUCGCGCUCGAAUUCAAAUCACAAGUUGUUAAGAUUAUGUCAAAGGAUCCGGCUCUUUGGUUACGAAGGGAAAUGGUUUAUCUGAGGAGAGAUCGAGAGUUACAAUCUGGUGCAAGACGAUGGACAAAUAUUGCCCCUGCAGUGGGAAGGAGCACAAGAGUUCUAGGCAACACUGCUACAAGAGUCACAAAGACAGUACGCCCUCCUCGACCUACCCAAACACCUCGAGGUGUACGUACAGUAUCCUCGACAACCCCUGGUCCCGAUGUCAAGCGAGUUGCUCGGGAAGAUAAGGAUUUUGAAAACCUUCCAGAUUACUGUCCACCAAUCACCAGUCUUCCUAAUAAACCCAAUUCAUUGAAAGUGGAUUGGAAGGGUGCCCCAAUUGAUCUCCGCAGCGAUCCAAACGUUCAUCUUCUCCACCCGGAUGAAGUCUGUCUCGCAGCCAAUCUUCGUCUUGAUUGUGCAACUUAUCUUACUUCCAAACGUCGAAUCUUUAUGAAACGAAUUGAAGCCUUGAGAGUCGGAAAGGAGUUCCGAAAGACAGAUGCUCAACAGGCAUGCAAAAUUGAUGUCAACAAGGCUAGCAAACUUUGGCAAGCAUUUGACAAGGUUGGAUGGCUAAAUCCAUCAUGGGUCAAGAAGUAUGCCUAG